AUGGAAGCUUUUGUCAAUCCCGUGCUUGAAAGCGCCAAAUUUAUUUCCGAAAACAGUAAAGAUGUUGUGAUCAAUGAAGACAGUAUUAAAGAUAUUGCUAACACGCUUUACGAGAAUAUGAAGAAAGAGAGUUAUUCAAUGGCAACUUGGAAGCAACAUCAAUUGCACCCGAAAACACCUAAUGAACAAGCGAUCGACUGGCAAAUGAUACAGGCAACUGUCCUGAUCGUUUUAGUGUUUCAUUCGAUGGUCAACUAUACACUGGCCUUGGCAGAAAAGAUUCCAAUAACUACUGCAUCAGUCUAUGCUUCGGAAGAGCAGCUGACCGACGAGCAGAUUAAAUACAUUUUUCGUUCAGACACUACAGAGCAAAUUCCUUUAUUGCAACAACGAAUCAUGUUAAUGAGAGAGGCUGGACGUGUUCUUGUUGAGAAGUUUGGUGGAACAUUCGUCAAUUGCGUGCGUGAAGCCAACAAAUCAGCCAUGAAGCUGUUAGAAAUCAUUACAGAGAAUUUCGCCUCAUUUAGAGACGAAAAUGAAUAUAAAGGACGGACGGUGAAGUUCUAUAAACGAGCUCAGAUAUUAAUUGCGGACAUAUGGGCCUGUUUCGAAUCACAAAGUUACGGUGAAUUUCACGAUAUCGAUGAAAUUACAAUGUUUGCUGACUACAGAGUGCCACAGGCUCUCUAUCGCAUCAAUGCUAUCUCAUAUUCCUCUCAUCUCAUAUCCUUACUUGACGCCCUAACAAUUUUACCAAACGGAUCACGACUAGAGAUUGAGAUUCGCGGUUGCUCCAUAUGGGCCGUCGAACUUAUUCGACGCGUGCUCGUCAGCAAGGUACAAGAAGGUGAUUAUCAACCAGUUAACGCAAUCCUUAUUGAUUUUUUCAUAUGGGAUUACGCAAAGGAACAUCAGAGCGAAUUGCGUAUAAGGGCACAUCGUACGCGAUCGAUAUAUUAUUAA